UAAAGCAUAGAGGAAAAGAGUGAUGCACUGGCAUCAGGAUCUGUGCUCAGCAAAGCGUCCGUAUGAAUAAACCAACAGAGAGCAAAGAAAUUGUAAUCUUAUACAGCUGAUUUAUGACUGCUUGACCUGCUUUGCUUGUGUGACCUGCAGCUUUUAAUGACUAGAGUUUAUGGACAGACUGAACAAUAGAGAACCGCACCUCUUAAUUCCCUUUCAACCUUCAACGACAGCAAACAUGACAACUGCCACAAGACUUUUGGAUGAGUUGUGUCAUUUAACAGCUCAGUCACUUGAAUCACUGGAACCCUCAGAUCAUUUCCAAGUUGUCAAGCUUCUUGGAGAGGGUUCAUACGGCAAGGUCAUGUUAGCUGUGCACAAGAAGAGGGGAAAUCCAAUGGCCCUUAAAUUCUUCCUUCGAGAUUCCACAUCUCUCCUUUCAUUUCUGAGGGAAUAUAAUUUCUCUUUAGCCUUCUGCACCCACCCCUCUCUUACUUCAGCCCUUGGUAUUGCUUUCUCUACCCCUACUCACUACGUGUUUGCCCAACAACCUUGCCUCUACGGUGACCUCUAUGAUGUCAUCAUCCCUGAGGUCGGUCUGGAGGAGAACCGAGCUCAGGGGGUGGCUUCGCAGAUCAGUGGUGCCCUUUCUCACCUCCAUUCACUUGGCUUCGUCCACCGUGACAUCAAACCUGAAAACAUCUUCCUAUGUGACCGUGACUGUCGCUGGGUCAAGCUUGGUGAUUUUGGCAUGGUGAAGGCAGCAGGUACCAGGGUACCAUGUGUGUGGUACAGCUCCCCCUACUGCACACCAGAGGCUGAGCUGGCAAGGAAAAUAGAAGAGAUUGAUUUAGGACACUUCGAUGUGGAUGGCAAUGGAAACAAGAAUAAGAGGGACUACGAAAAGACUCAGAAGAAGUUGGUUUCUGUGGAUCCCAGUACAGAUAGCUGGGCAUUAGGCAUUCUAAUCUAUGCCAUGCUGAUGGGGAGCCUCCCAUGGUCUGAGACUGUUUUAGACAAUACAGCAUACAACAGCUAUUUACAGUGGAUUAAGUGGGAAGGUUUAUCAUCCAGGAGGAAGAAAGAGUCUGAUGAACUUGAGGACUUCUACCAGGUUGCCCCGCAGUUUAUGGCAUUCACCCCUCUUGUGGCUGAUCUUUUGAAGUCCCUGCUCCAUCCACAGCCCAGGCUUCGUGGCAGGCCUGAUGAGGUGGGAAGGUACCUGGGAGGAGCCUGGCUAUUGGUUAAUGAUAUCAGUGGGUGAUUCACCAAUGCAAGGCAAAGCUGUAAUAAUUAGGUUGAAGCUUAUUUUAUGUAACUGUAAAGGGACACAAAGGGUUUCUAAAAACUUGGAUCUCCAUCCACAGUCCAGUAAUAUGGCUACUCUCCAAUACAAUGUGUGUCCUGCAAAGAUUAGUGUAAGGGUAGACCAUGGAAUCCAAGAAUCAUGGCCGGGUCUAAACCUAGAUUUGCCUCAAGUCCCCCUUGCAUCUCACUACUGUUGCUGAAGAGCAUGGUUUGUCAAUCGGGAUUUGUGAACACUCAUGGUAGAACAGCAAUGGGUUUACGAGACUGUGAUAGAAAUGCCAGUGCCCCUCCUUACAACAAUGUGUCAUCAUUUAUUAGUUGAAUGUACCUAAAGAAUUGAACAUUAUUUGGAAUCUCAGAGGGAACAAAAGUAAAUAAUUUGGGAUUCAAGAAGAUUAAAUAGAUUGGGAACCCCUGACAUAGCGGAAUGGGCCAGAACAUCCUGUAAUCUCUGUGCAAGAUAGCAAAUAUAGAGGUUUGCCAUAACAGGAUGUUAUAUACUGUACUUCAUAUACCGUUUAAGACACUUUUUCAAAAAAGAUAUAACACUGGAACUUGUAUAUUGAUUGUUAAAUAAUGUGUUCUGUCUGUAUUUCUUUUGAAUAAAAAACAU